AGCGGAAAUCGACCAAUGAGGGAAAGAGAAUUCGUUGAACCUGGAGUGAUUGGCAGACCCAAGGCCAAUGCGGGAGCGCUUGGGGCGGGUUUUGGUGAUGACCAUGAAGGGGGUGUGCAAGCCGAGAGGGAGAUACGCAGGAGAGGGAGAAGCUGGCUGGCGGUGCUGAAGAUGGCGGAUGGUGACAGUGGGAGCGAGCGCGGCGGUGGCAGCAGCGGAGGAGGAGGAGGUGGAAGCGGGUUACAGCACUCCCAGAGAGAGCAGGAGACCCAGGAGCUGGCGUCCAAGCGACUGGAUAUUCAGAACAAGCGCUUCUACCUGGACGUCAAGCAAAACAACAAGGGCAGGUUCAUCAAAAUCGCCGAGGUCGGGGCUGGGGGCUCCAAAAGUCGCCUGACCCUGUCUAUGUCAGUUGCGGCGGAGUUUCGCGACUACCUGGGGGAUUUCAUAGAGCACUACGCCCAACUGGGGCCUAGCAGCCCGGAGCAGAUCGCCCAGUCCUCGGUCGGAGAGGAUGGCGGGCCCAGGCGAGCCCUGAAGAGCGAGUUCUUGGUCCGUGAGAACCGUAAAUACUACCUCGAUCUGAAGGAGAACCAGCGGGGGAGGUUCCUGCGGAUCCGACAGACCGUAAACCGAGGGCCCGGGUUCGGAGUAGGGGGGCCGGGAGGAGGCAUGCAGGCCGGGCAGACCAUAGCCCUUCCGGCCCAAGGCUUAAUAGAGUUUAGAGACGCCCUUGCCAAGCAUAUAGAUGAUUACGGUGGAGACGACGAGGAGUUGGCGGGUGGAACGGCAGCUGGGGCCUAUGGAGAGCUUCCCGAGGGCACAUCCAUCAUGGUGGACUCUAAACGGUUCUUUUUCGACGUCGGGUCCAACAAAUACGGCGUGUUCCUGCGAGUGAGCGAGGUCAAACCGAGCUACAGGAACUCUAUCACCAUCCCGUUCAAAGCGUGGGGGAAGUUCGGAGGAGCUUUCAGCCGCUAUGCGGAGGAGAUGAAAGAGAUCCAGGAGCGACAGCGGGAUAAAGUUUAUGAGAGAAGAGAGGAGUCGGAGGGAGAGGAGGUGGAUGACGACUGAGUAGUUGAAACUGCUUAUAUAUUUCAGUUCACACAGUAAGAUCAGCAAUAGGAUAUGUGGCAGAAAAAAUGCAGAAAUGACAGAUUUAAGUGCAUGACGAAUCGAACUUUAAUACUAGAAAAUAUCGUGGCGUUAAAAAGUAAAUUUGACAGGGGAACUAUUGAUGUAUUUAACACCUGGAGUUUGUUUAUGAGGGUUAGAUGGGGUGUGAAGUAAAACAAAAAGUUACAGUUAUGGGACUAGAAUAGUAGUGUGUAAAUGAGACUUUUCUCAUGGAUUUAAAAAAGAUUGCAAUUGUGUUUUGUAGAAAAAGAAAUAUACCUAAAACCAGCAACUUGGUUUUCAUAACAAUUUAAGAAGCCAAUGAAGUCUUUAUAAUAAAUGUUUCCUUUCAAAUAUAGAUAUAUAUUUAAAAGAGUAAGGAGUGUACCUUGACCCCAUUAAUUUAGCUAUUUCCAUUUCUCCGUGUAAGGAGAUAACCAGCAUCCAUUGUAUUCCCAUUCUAGGUCUCCUAUGUGGGCAGUAUGUGUGGGAUCCUUACAAGUUAGGGAAAGUAGUAGGAAGGAAUGUCUAGAAUGCUGCCUGCUAUCAUUUCGUGGAGGUUUAUAUUUAGUGUGUUAACUGAUAGAGAUAGCUGUAUAACACCCCUUAACAGACAAUUAUGAUGAGAAACGUUACUGAGAGAACUAUAUCUGCAGGCCUUAUUAAAGGCCUCAGACUAAAUUGGAGCCGUGUGCUAACAUAGUUAGCUCGCCGUAUCACGUCACUCUCCAAACAAAUAGACCUAAACAUGGAGGAGUGUUUUUUGUUUUUUUACAUAUAAAUGCCAGGCAAUAUUUACAAAGUCUGUUUCCUCUGACUUAAUGGGUUUCAAAGUAAUCUGUAAGUCUAUGUAAGAGUGGAGCAGUGUGUCUCCUCAGUCCUCACGCAAUGUGGCCUGGUGUCAAUAGAUUGGCAGGCCUGUUAACCAAUCGGCAACCAGGAAGGACAGUAUCUUCCUGCUGUAUGAGUGCCGUGGGAGCCUGCCCUCUCAGCGUUGACACACGGAUGGGACCCCCACUUAUCCACACACACACACACACCAACACACUGCGGGAGCCUUGUAAGCAGGUCAUUGCAAGUGAUCACUGGGUGAAACCCGGAGCAGCUACUACUACUGUCACCCAGCCAGCCAGGCUGUGUGGGGCAUCAAUGAUAACAUACCACCAGCUCCUCUGCUCAGGCCCUGCCAGGAGAGACCACACACACUCUGUCUCAGAGCCCAGGCCUCAGCACCGCCACACCACUAACAUCACACUACGCCACUGGACAGUAAAGUAUGGAUGGAUGGUUUCCUUUUUAUUUCGAAAGAGAACUAUAUUGAAAGAAGAUUAUACGUAUAAAAGAGAAGAUACUGAACAAACCAGCAUACAAUAUUUUUUAAAUACCUUAAAAAGAAAAGGAAAAAUGUAUAUGAAUUAUAUAGCCUAAGUAUUUCAUGAAACAUAGCUGGGAUGUGACUAAAUAGUCCAUGAUGUUUUCUUUUAGUUUUUUCUUUAUUUUCACUUUCAUUUUCAUUUGUUGGGUUUCUCCCAGAGAGUGAAAGAAAUAACACUUCUGUGAUUAAAAAGAAUAUAAAUGCAAAA